AUGGGAAGCGGAUCAUCUAAAGACGGGGUUAUCAACAAAGACAUAGGGUCCACCAAGAACUCGGUGAUCUUUGUGCAGCCCGGCCUCAAGGCGUGUGUCAAGACUCAGCCCUCGCCACAGAGGCACAGAAGGGGAGGGAGGCAGUGCGCCGGUGGGGUUGUUAGACGGGCACGGCUUGUCCGGCCACUACGUCUCCAAGACCGCUCACUCCUGCAUCUCCUUUCCCCCUUCCUGGCGCUCCUUCCCCCACAUCCCCCCAUGCUCCUGACGAGCACAGCAGUGGAGAGUGGGAGAGGCAGUGCGCUGGUGGGGGUGUUUGACGGGCACGGCUUGUCGGGGCACUACGUGUCCAAGACAGCUCGCGACCAGCUGCCAGAGCGACUCAACGCAGCCAUGCAGCACACCCAGCACGAGCUCGCCCACGUGGACGGGGCUGCUGCCAGGAACAACCUGAUCCUGACGAGCACAGCAGUGGAGAGUGGGAGAGGCAGUGCGCUGGUGGGGGUGUUUGACGGGCACGGCUUGUCGGGGCACUACGUGUCCAAGACAGCUCGCGACCAGCUGCCAGAGCGACUCAACGCAGCCAUGCAGCACACCCAGCACGAGCUCGCCCACGUGGACGGGGCUGCUGCCAGGAACAACCUGAUCCUGACGAGCACAGCAGUGGAGAGUGGGAGAGGCAGUGCGCUGGUGGGGGUGUUUGACGGGCACGGCUUGUCGGGGCACUACGUGUCCAAGACAGCUCGCGACCAGCUGCCAGAGCGACUCAACGCAGCCAUGCAGCACACCCAGCACGAGCUCGCCCACGUGGACGGGGCUGCUGCCAGGAACAACCUGAUCCUGACGAGCACAGCAGUGGAGAGUGGGAGAGGCAGUGCGCUGGUGGGGGUGUUUGACGGGCACGGCUUGUCGGGGCACUACGUGUCCAAGACAGCUCGCGACCAGCUGCCAGAGCGACUCAACGCAGCCAUGCAGCACACCCAGCACGAGCUCGCCCACGUGGACGGGGCUGCUGCCAGGGAUAACCUGAUCCUGACGAGUGCAGCGGUGGAGAGUGGGAGAGGCAGUGCGCUGGUGGGGGUGUUUGACGGGCACGGCUUGUCGGGGCACUACGUGUCCAAGACAGCUCGCGACCAGCUGCCAGAGCGACUCACCACCGCCGUGCAGCACACCCAGCACGAGCUCGCCCACGUGGACGGGGCUGCGGCGCGGGACAACCUGAUCCUGACGAGUGCAGCGGUGGAGAGUGGGAGAGGCAGUGCGCUGGUGGGGGUGUUUGACGGGCACGGCUUGUCGGGGCACUACGUGUCCAAGACAGCUCGCGACCAGCUGCCAGAGCGACUCACCACCGCCGUGCAGCACACCCAGCACGAGCUCGCCCACGUGGACGGGGCUGCGGCGCGGGACGUGUGGGCGCGGGUGUUUGGGGGCGUGUUUGGGGACAUUGAUGAAGAGUUGAGGAAGGACCUGUUUCACAACAGGGACAGCGGGUCUACUGCUGUCGUUGCUCUCCGCCUUGGAUCGGAGCUGAUAGUGGCACACAUUGGUGAUUCCCGCUGUGUGCUGGCUCGCAUUGCCAGGGCUCCCAACGGGAAGAGUGAUGCGGCGACCAUGGAGGCCGUUCAGUUGACCAUCGACCACAAGGCGAGCAACCCAGCUGAGAAGGUGCGAGUGCAGGAGGCGGGGGGGAAAGUCCUCAACUACAUGAACACAAUCGACAGAAUCUUCCUGCCGGGGAAGAGUGAGCCGGGGCUGGCAGUGGCGCGCGCCUUUGGGGACUUUGAGCUCAAAUCCCACGGACUCAUCUGCCGGCCGGACGUUACUGUUCGCAGUAUAGACGCCAACGACCAGUUUAUUGUGAUGGGCUCGGAUGGGGUGUGGGACGUGCUGACUAACGCAGAGGUGGUGGAGAUAGUGGCGAACACAUGGCCCAGGAGCAAAGCAGCGAAGCAGGUGGCUCAGAAAGCCGUGGCCAAGUGGGCAGCGGAGAAACACGCCAACUCCAGAGACGAUAUUUCCGUUGCCGUGCUGUUCUUCUAA